UCUUCUUUGGGUAUCCAAAGUUUUUCUUUCUCUCUCUAAAAACACACACUUUCUCUCUCAACAUAUCUAAAAAAAGAUUUCAACUUUAUUAAGUUUGAGCUCAAAAAAUGCUUAAUUUGUAGCCUUAUUGUAUAAAUGAUGAAUCUUUAGAAAUUUAUUUUUUGGUUUUUUUGAUCUUGUUUUUGAGCUCAGUAAAGAUCGUUUCUUUAAGGAGAAAAAUGAAGAAUUCAACUCGUCUUGACUCAGCUGUUUUUCAGCUCACUCCAACUCGGACCAGGUGUGAUUUGGUUAUAUAUGUAAAUGGAAAGACGGAGAAAAUAGCUUCGGGUUUGGUUAAUCCGUUUCUUGCCCACUUGAAGACUGCACAAGAUCAGAUGGCUAAAGGAGGUUAUUCGAUUAGUCUUGAGCCAGAGCCGGGAAUUGAUGCGGCAUGGUUUACAAGAGGAACAAUUGAAAGGUUUGUUCGUUUUGUGAGCACUCCAGAGAUCUUGGAGCGAGUAUACACCUUAGAAUCUGAGAUUUUGCAGAUGGAGGAGGCAAUUGCAAUUCAAAGUAACAAUGAUAUAGGGUUGAACUUGAACAUGGUUGAAGAUCAUCAAGCUAAACCUGCAGAAUGCAUUGAAGGUAGCAAACCUCUGCUAGAUUCUAAUGAGGAGAAAGCAAUUGUCCUUUAUAAGCCUGAUGCACAACAGCCUGCAGCGAAAUCAGCAGCCUGUGAGACAAAUUCAAAAGUUCAGCUUAUGAAAGUUCUGGAGACACGGAAAACUAUGCUGCAGAAAGAGCAAGGCAUGGCCUUUGCACGUGCUGUAGCUGCUGGUUAUGACAUAGAUCACAUGGCACCUCUGAUGUCAUUUGCUGAAAGUUUUGGAGCCGUGCGCUUAAUGGAUGCAUGUGUGAGAUUUAUGGACUUGUGGAAAAGAAAACAUGAAAGUGGCCAGUGGUUUGAAGUUGAAGCAGCUGAAGCAAUGGCUAGCAGGUCAGACUUUGCUUCCAUGAAUGCAUCUGGCAUUGUUCUUUCUAGUGCAAUUAACAAGCAGUGUCCUGCAACUCCAGAGAGUAAUGGGAAAGCAGGUGUCGACUCAAGUCCAGGUAUUUCUCCCAUGAAUCAACAACCAUCUCCAAGCCACCAAGAAUAUUUUCAAGGCCAGUUUCCACAUCCUAUGUACCCUCCCUGGCCUAUGCAUUCUCCACCUGGUGCAUUGCCUGUGUUUCAAGGAUAUCCAAUGCAAGGCAUUCCUUACUAUCAGAACUAUCCCGGAAAUGGUCCUCACUUUCAGCCACCUUAUCCGUCAGGGGAAGAUACCAGACUUCAUACUGGUCGAAGAAAAGGACAUAGAAGGCAUUCUAUGGAUAGUGGGGAUAGCAGCUCUGACCCUGAAUCUACGGAGGUAGAUGUGGACUUGGAGAAUGGAACUUCCGGAAAUCGAGAAUCUGGGAACAAGUCUAGUCGAUCAAGUAAAAAACAUUCUGGAAAGGUAGUUAUUCGCAACAUUAAUUAUAUCACUUCUAAGAGACAAUCAUCUGGUAAUGUGUCGGAGUCAGCUUCUGGUUCUGCAACUGACGAGGAAGAGGGAAACUUAUCAGAAACUACAUCAGAUGUUAAGGAUAAGAGCUUGCUGAGAUCCUCAAAAAGGAAAGAUAAACAUACGAAAUCUACGGAUAUGUUGGAUUCAGCCAAUAUGGGAGGAACGGUUUAUGGGAAUGAAGCAGAUGGUGGGAACUGGCAAGCUUUUCAAACUUAUUUACUCAAAGGUGCCGAUGAAGCUGAACAUGGUGUAGAUAGUGGUAUGUUUUCAAUGGAAAAGGAUGUUCGAGUCAAAAGGCGACAAAGUACAGCGGGUCAGGAUCCUCUACUUUUAAAUGGACGAGAUGUAGGUGAUUAUCAGGAAGGAAAUAUGACAGAUAUGCAGAGAAUUAGUGGAAAUUUGGGCCGCAUGACUAGGGGUUCAAAUGAUGCAUCCUUGAUGUCAAGGCAAAUGGGUCAAACUAGUGGUGAUGGAAGAUACAUGGACAUGCAAUAUGCAGAAGUAGAUGGAAGAGAGAAGGAUUUGGACAGGAGCUCAUCACAUACUAUGAAUGAUGAUUCUUAUGUGGUUUCAUUAAGGUCAACAUCAUUAGAUCAAGUUAGAACUGACGGAAGACGUGCAAUUGAUAUGGAUUCUGAAUUCACAUCAUCUCAGGCUGAAAACUUAUCUAAUAGGGUUGGAAACCAAGUCAGAUAUGAGCCAGAUGACUUAAGCUUGAUGCCUGAGCGUCAAUCCGAAAAAGGAACUAUUGGUUAUGACCCUGCUUUAGAUUAUGAACUGCAGGUUGCUGAAAAUGGUGGUCCUUUACAGAAGAAAAGGAAGGAUGCAGUGAGUGGUGUCGGGCAAGGCACUAAAAAAGUAGACAAGGACCGGAAAUCAAAACUUAUCCCAGAUACUUCAGAUAGAAAGAAGACGGUGGGACCAAUGAGAAAAGGGAAACCUUCAAAGUUGAGUCCUCUGGAUGAAGCCAAGGCACGAGCUGAGCGGCUAAGAACCUUCAAAGCUGAUCUUCAGAAAAUGAAGAAAGAGAGGGAAGACGAGCAAAUAAAACGUUUAGAAGCUCUGAAGUUAGAGAGGCAAAAGAGAAUUGCUUCCAGAGGCAGCAUUCCUGCUCAAACAAGAAAACAGUUGCCAGCGAAACUUUCUCCAACUCCUCUUAGAGGAUCAAAAUUCAGUGACUCAGAGCCUGGAUCAGUAUCCCCACUACAAAGGUUCCCUACGAGAACUGUCUCCGCAGGACCUAGUGAUUCCCUUAAAUCUUCUAAACCGAGCAAUUUGAGCAAUGGAAUUCCCUCAGCAGGAAAUAGGUUAAGCCGGUCAGUAUCAUCGUUGCCUAAGCCAAAGAGAGAGAAUGGUGGUACAACCCCUGAGGCAAAGGCGGCAUCCAUGGCCCGGAUCAGAAGGUUAUCAGAGCCUAAAAUAAGUAGUAGCAAUCAUGUUACUUCAGUUAAGCCACGAAAUACUGAACCAGCAUCAAAGGCAAAAGUAUCAAAUGGAUCUGAGAGUAAGAAAAUACAUGAAAUUGUGAACCAUGAUAUGAACAAGAUUGCAUCUCUCCCGGAGCUUAAGAUCAAAACUACAAAAGCAUCUGACAUUGCCAUUGGAAAUUCAUCUGGGAAAGAAAUGACCGAGAAACCGAAUGAAGGUUCUCAAGUGAAAAGGAGCAGUGAUAAAGUUUUACAUCAUAAUGAUGUAGAUGACAACCCUAUAAUUGAAAAAAAGGUUCUGGUGCUAGAAUCUGAGAAGCCAUCGGUUCCUGCUGUACACACAUCUGGUAGUUACAGUAAAGCAGGGAAAUAUGAGACCGCAUCAAACUAUGCAGCUAUUCGAGCACCAGUUUCGCCGCUUGCCAUGGAUGGUGUUGACAAAGUACCCAAUGACCGCCAGUUAGCGGAGGCCGCAACUGAAAACGUAAGUAAUGCAGAGAAGGAUUUACCAGAUAUAUCUAGCAUUACCAUUGCUGAAAAGCCAUACCAGGCUCCUUUUGCUAGAGUCUCUUCUGUAGAAGAUCCUUCUACUAGGAAUUCAGACUAUGGCAAAGCACCUCCAUCAAGCUUACAUACAAAAACAAGUGGCACAGAGACUUACACGGCGCACAUAUCUGAUCCUAAAAUAUUGAAAUUAGAAAAUAUCCCUGAAGCAUCAGAUAAGCAUCGAACGAAGGAAUCAUCCAAAGGGUUUAGAAAGCUGCUGAAGUUUGGAAAGAAGAGUCAUACUACCGGUGACCGCAAUGGUGAAUCGGACAGUGUCGGUGUUAAUGGUUCUGAGGUAGAUGAUGCUGUUGAAGACUUUGCUUCAUCUGGUGAAGUUCAUACAUUGAAGAAUCUUCUCUCUCAAGAUGAAACCCCUACUGCCAGCACCACUCCACAGAAGACUUCUCGCCAUUUCUCAUUGCUGUCACCUUUCCGGAGUAAGACUGCCGAAAAGAAGCAGAGUACUUGACAAUGUUUGUACUGUUAAUUUUGAAGGUGAAAAUACAAAUUUAUCUUGUUACAUACCACCUAGUUGUGUUAAUCUAUUGCCCUGUUGUGGUAUGUACUAUCGAUAUCUAUGCAUUGCGGUUCGAUUUAAAAGUUAUUUGCCGAAGCUGACAUUGUCGCUGUACGUCAGCUUGAAAUGACAUCACAAUUGUAUAUCAUUGCAGAUCAAUACAACUGGUGUAUUUAUAAGGUUA